UGAAUUAUACCAUGCAACAAUUUUUUUAAAAUAAAAACUCGUUAGUUCUUUUAGUCAACCACCUUGGUUGUUAUCGACGAGGAAAGUAACAUCUGUGGCUGGAAACAAACAUGGCAUCGACAGCGGUGGAAGAACCUGUAACAUGGGGAGAUGGAGAGGAAGGCUUGGGGGAGGAGGUCCUCCGAAUGUCAACAGAUGAACUCGUUAGUAGGACGAGGCUUUUGGAUAAUGAAAUAAAAAUAAUGAAGAGUGAAGUGAUGAGGAUAUCUCAUGAACUUCAAGCACAAAACGAAAAAAUUAAAGAAAAUACUGAGAAAAUAAAAGUUAACAAAACACUUCCCUACCUUGUAUCAAAUGUUAUAGAGCUGUUAGAUGUUGAUCCUCAGGAUCAAGGGGAAGAAGAUGGGGCAGUUGUUGACCUUGAUUCACAAAGGAAAGGAAAAUGUGCUGUAAUAAAAACAUCAACAAGACAGACCUAUUUCCUGCCUGUUAUUGGACUUGUUGAUGCAGAACGUCUAAAACCUGGUGACUUGGUUGGUGUAAAUAAGGACUCUUACCUAAUUCUUGAGACACUGCCUGCAGAAUAUGAUGCCAGAGUUAAAGCUAUGGAAGUUGAUGAAAGACCUACAGAACAGUACUCUGAUAUAGGAGGACUUGACAAACAGAUUCAAGAGUUAAUUGAAGCGGUGGUACUGCCAAUGACACACAAGGAAAGGUUUGAGAACCUUGGGAUACAGCCUCCGAAAGGCGUUCUGUUAUAUGGUCCACCUGGAACAGGUAAGACGCUGUUGGCACGAGCUUGUGCUGCACAGACAAAAUCAACAUUCUUGAAGCUUGCUGGACCACAGCUUGUACAGAUGUUCAUUGGAGAUGGUGCUAAACUUGUACGUGAUGCAUUUGCCCUUGCCAAAGAGAAGGCACCAGCAAUAAUAUUUAUUGAUGAAUUGGAUGCUAUUGGCACAAAAAGAUUUGAUUCAGAAAAGGCUGGUGAUAGAGAAGUACAAAGAACCAUGCUGGAAUUGUUGAACCAGCUUGAUGGAUUCAGUUCUACUGCAGACAUUAAGGUUAUUGCUGCUACCAAUCGUGUAGAUAUUUUGGAUCCUGCACUUCUGCGAUCUGGUCGGUUAGAUAGGAAAAUAGAAUUUCCACAUCCAAAUGAAGAAGCCAGGGCUCGAAUUAUGCAGAUACAUUCUCGUAAGAUGAAUGUCAGUAAAGAUGUAAAUUUUGAGGAGUUGUCACGCUCGACUGAUGAUUUCAAUGGAGCACAGUGCAAAGCGGUUUGUGUUGAAGCUGGAAUGAUUGCAUUGAGAAGGAAUGCACUGACUGUCACUCACGAAGACUUCAUGGAUGCUAUACUGGAAGUCCAAGCCAAGAAGAAAGCUAAUCUUAAUUACUAUGCGUAAAUGUUUUGUGUUUCACAUUAAUCUGAGACACUAAUUUAUGAACAGUUUACUGUGGUAAAUAAAUUAUGUAAUUCUGUAGUAGUAUGAACUGUGGCAGCAGCAGCUGACUUUCAUUCAUCUACAUACAUUCAGAAAUGUUCAGAAAUAUGAUGCCUAAAUUAAGGUUAACAUUUUAGUAAAAUUCCUUGUUUUGCUGUGAUUGUCUCUCUUACAACUUGUUAUUUUCUCUCCUAAAAAGUUUUGAUAUUAAAGAACUGAGAGUUAUGUUUUUUGAAA